AUGGGAAAACACAUCAUCUUCGACGUCGUCGGCACCUGCGUCUCCUUCGACGCCUACUUCGCCUCCAUCGCGGCCACAAUUGGCCCAAAACUCUCCACCUACAAUAUCACCCCCAAGCACUUCGGCUACACAUGGAUGACCGCCGCGGAACUCGAAUUCACCUUCUUGUCUAUUUCCGAGUCCUACCGCCCCUAUAAAGACGUCAUGCGCGCGCUCUUCUACCGCAGUCUCUUCAUGGCUGGUGUGCCGGAUCCACGCAGUGUCUUUACAGAUGAGGAGCGAGAUGCAUGUAUAGCCGGCUAUGCGUCUUUGCAGCUUCGUCCAGAGCUGGUGAACGCGUUUGAGAAGUUGCGUGACGCAGGAUUUGAGGUGUGGUGUCUUACGACUGGGGAUGUGGAGCGUGUGCGGGGGUAUUUUACAAGGGCGGGGGUUGAGAUGCCUGUUGAGAGGGUGUUGAGCUGUGAUGGGUUGAGGGUUGCGAAGCCGGCAUUGGGGGCUUAUCGGGCUGCGAUUGAGAAGAUUGGGGGGGAUGAUGAGAAAUGGUUUGCGGCGGCGCAUUUGUGGGAUGUGUCUGCUGCGGUGAGGGCGGGGUUUCGGGGGGCGUAUUGUGGUGUGCUUGAGGGGGAGGGAUGUUGGGAGGUGUUUGAGAGGGAGAGCUUGGAGGUUGUGGCGAAUGGAUUGGUCGAGAUGGUGGAAGGGAUUAUUAAGUUGUCUGGUUAG